GUCGUUAAUUUUAUUUGCAUUUCAAUAAUAAAAUUAAUGAUUUGUAUAAAUAAUUACAUUUAAUUUGUUUAUUAAAGCAUUUUCUUGUUUUACCAGUUUAUGGAUGAGAAGUGCAUUCAUUUGUGUAUUCAAUAAGUGAUGAGAAAAUAGUGUCAAUAAAUUAUAUUUCAAUUAUAUUUCACAAAAUCGUAGAAACGAUUGAAAGGAGGAAAUAAUGAGCGAUAAAGAGAUGAGGAUUGCGACCACUUUUGGACAAAUAGCCGUAAAAGUUUGGGGAAAUGACAGCAAAGAUAGUUUACGACUUCUUUGUAUACACGGAUGGCAGGACAAUGCGGGCACUUUUGAUCGACUCCUACCUCUACUCGACUUGGACUCGAUGUAUGUCCUGUGCGUUGAUCUCCCCGGCCAUGGAUUCUCAUCUCAUUUGCCGACCGGCGCUUUUUAUACAGAUCUGACCUGGGUCAUCGAAAUGAAACGUAUUGUUGAUCACCUAAAGUGGACCAAAUUCACGCUCUUAGGCCAUAGUAUGGGCGCCAACGCAUCGCUCAACUUUGCUCUCCUGUACCCGGAUUUGGUCGAGAGAGUGAUAACCAUCGAUACCGUCAAACCGGCGGUCUUUCCGGUCAGCGAACACGCGAGUCGAUUGAGUAAAGACAUCGACAAUUUGCUGGCACUCGAGGAGCGCAACAAACGGAUCAAAGAUCACGAGUUUGUGUUUUCGUACGACACGGCUAUCGGA